UUAUUGCCGUUAUAUGAUGUCAUUCUGCAAUGAGACUGUUGAACUAGAUCUUCACAAAUACCACCUGGACUACAUUAUUGCCAUGUUCAUCUCGCUUGUAAUUUCCUCAAUAGUUGGAACAUUUUUAAACUCUUUAAUACUCUUCACCGUUUGGAAGACACCAUCUCUUCAAACUCCCUCGAUGUUACUUCUUUGUAAUCUUGCUUUCAGCGACUUUCUGGUUGGAGCAUUCGUUCAGCCUUCUAUUGCCACAACAUUAAUCGUGAUCAACAUGAGAUUGUGCAAUACCUUGAACGUUUUAUACAACGUCAAUAUUAUUUCUGGUUAUGGCCUUGUAUGCGUAUCUCUCUUCACUUUGAUUGGUAUAAGCAUUGAUCGUUUUUUAGCCAUUUCGAUGAGACUUCGCUACAAGAUUAUAGUAACAAAACGACGUAUGAUUGCUGUUAUUACUAGUAUAUGGAUAGUUGUUUCUUUAAUGGCAGUAAUCAUAUCGUAUUUGAGAUAUUACAUUUCGUCCCAGCCAUCUGUCAUCUUCGCUGGGUUAUUAUUGUCCCUAAUUGUAAUUCUGUCAUUUUACUCUAUGUCGUUUUAUUUGCUUAAAAAACGAAUAUUGAGUGUUAGUAUAUCAACGAGUCAAAGAAAAAAGGUUAUGGCAUCACUUAUUCAGGAGGCAUCCACUGCAUCAUCGAUUCUGGUUAAUUCCAUGGCAUUGGGCUCUCGGCAAGUGCAAUCAACACAGCCUUCAGAUGAUUCUCACGUUGCCAAAGGGACAUAUUUUAGAAAUCACCAAGGAUCAAUUUUUACUAGACUUUGUCGCCAAGAAAAACAUGGAAAACAUUGUUCAUCAGUGACUGUAUCUUCCAGACGAGGAAAUGGAAAAUGCCUAUUUGGAAAAGAAGCAUUUUCGUCUCAAAGCCCAUCUWUUACUGCCAAUAGUCCCGURUCAGUKUCACUUGACAAGAUAUUUUCAAAUCGCUCGAUCAAUUUCAGCGUUUCUGCUUACAAAAGGACAUUUAUUACAAUGRUGAUGGUUCUGAUUUUCUGCUUCAUAUCGUAUCUUCCCAUAACGGUUUACUUAUCGAUAGUCGAUGGCGAGAAUAUAUAUAGUAAACCCGUCCUUGCACACUCAUUGGAGUUUAUUUCUCUUUUGAACUCCACCCUAAACCCUGUUAUCUACCUGUGGAGAAUGAGAGAUCUGAGGCGAGCUGUCAGAAGCAAACUGCAUUUUUAAAUGCUGAGUAUUGGAACAUCUUUUUGAGAUCACUUCCCGUACUACGAAUUUAGACAUACUAAAGGGAUUCUGGCAGGAUCGAACAAUAGAACCCUCUGAARUCCAUGGAUUAAUUUAAUUGCACGUCCAUCUGGAGACAAAAAAGGAAUCCCACUGGAAUGCCAGGACCGUUUUGUUUUGUCAACUGAAGCCACUUUAACGUCACUUGGCAAGGGUUUAUUUAGAUAAAUAACUCAGUAGUAGUUUGUAGACCUUUGUAGCAUAGCUGAAUAAAUUGUUCAAACUUUUACCACACUUUUUUCGACUACAAUUUGAUUUCAAUAAACGAGCU